AUGGACUCGACCGCACACGUCCUCUAUGCCGUCCACCAACUGAAUGCCCGCGCUGGGGGCAUGGGCGGUGAUACUGGAACUCGCCCAGGCUCGUACAAGAUCAUUGGCUUAGUCCUAGCCAUCGCAUCGGGAGUGUUUAUCGGGACGUCGUUCGUGAUAAAGAAGCAUGGUCUACUACAGGCGAAUAAGAAGUACAAUGAAGAGGCGGGAGAAGGCUACGGCUACCUCAAGAACGCUUGGUGGUGGCUCGGUAUGACACUCAUGAUUCUUGGAGAAAUAUGCAAUCUUGUCGCAUACGCUUUUACCGACGCCAUCCUCGUGACGCCCAUGGGCGCCCUCUCCGUCGUUAUAUGCGCCAUCCUGUCCACUAUAUUCUUGAAGGAGCGCUUGAGCUUUGUCGGAAAAGUAGGCUGUUUCAACUGCAUCAUCGGAUCUGUUGUUAUCGCGGUAAACGCGCCCGAACAGUCGUCUGUUGCGCGCAUCCAGGAUAUGAAGAAAUGGGUCAUUGCACCAGGCUUUCUCAGCUUUGCAGGCGUCAUCAUUGUCGCAUGUGUUGUCAUUGCCCUCUGGCUCGGCCCCAAGUACGGAAAGAAGACUAUGAUGGUCUACAUUACCAUCUGCAGUCUGAUCGGAGGACUGAGUGUUGUCGCAACCCAAGGUCUCGGUGCUGCUGUAGUGGCGCAAGCCUCUGGCACAUACGGCGGACAAUUUAAGGAAUGGUUCCUCUACGUGCUGCUCGUCUUUGUUGUAGCCACGUUGCUGACCGAGAUCAUCUACCUCAACAAAGCCUUGAACUUGUUCAACGCUGCCUUGGUCACACCAACGUACUACGUCUUCUUCACGUCUGCCACUAUCGUCACUUCGGCCGUCUUGUUCCAGGGUUUCAAGGGCACGCCCCUACAGAUUGUCACUGUCAUCAUGGGCUUCUUACAGAUUUGUUCUGGCGUCGUUUUGUUACAACUCUCCAAGUCGGCAAAAGACGUACCAGACUCAGCUGUCUUCAAGGGCGAUCUUGACCAAGUGCGAACUGUCGCGGAGAUGGAGGAACCAGAAUACGAGCCCCGAGCUGACACUCUUCGUGGUGGCGCGGCAAUCCUCAGGUCACUGUCAAAGGCUAGGUCUCAUAAAGAGCUCGCUGAGGCUAAAAAGAUCCAAGAAGAGCACAUGGAACCGAUUGGUGAAGGGGAGCAGGUCGAAUUCGACGGUCUCCGAAGACGGAAAACGGUCCUCGAUCCCAGUCGGCCACCGACGCGCAGUGCUACCGUCGUACGAACUAUCCAUCCACCCCUCGGCAUGUCGCAAUUCCCAACCGACGACUCCGACGAUGACAACGAUAGCUUUCACCCUGGCUUCUUCCAACGAUUGCGCUCCCGGGGCAAGUCGACUAGUAGUCGCGGUAGCUCACAUGCUCCAGGAACUUCGGGCAUGGGCAUGCAGACGCUGCCGUCUAUCCCACAGGCCGAUGGCGCUUCGGACCGCGAAUCAGACGCCGGAUCCUACAAGCAGACCAUGAUGACGCAAGAUACAUCCUACAAGCCGAUCGACACCCACAUACAUUUCGCCUCGCUUCCUGAUCCGCCCCGUCACGGCCAUGGCCGUCAAGAUUCAAGCGACUCACUCGCUCCCCCAAGACCACCUGCCCACAUUGCCAAACGCCAAUUCUCCUUCCAAAAUGUCUUCUCCCGAAACCGUCCCGAUUCUACAGGCGAAGCGUCAAGUAGUAAACGGCCGACUAGUAGGCAUAGUCGGAAGAGCAGCAGAGAAGGCAAAGCAUCAACUACUGCUACCGAGGAAGAGAGACUUGGGCUUGUCAAAGGCGAUUCGACAAAUCUCCUCCCUAUAGCCAGCCGCGGAAGUGAUGAGCUGGUAGGACCACCAGUUUAUUCAGAUGACUGGGACAUGCCUAGGACUUCAAGUCCAGGGUACUCACCUGAGCGGCCGCGGGUAAUGCCACCACCCAUACGCAGGGUGGACACAGACAUGUCGGAGCUGAGCCCUAGAGAUCCUAAGGAAUUCGAGAAGGGUCCUGGAAAUCCAAACACUUUCUUAUAG